UGAACUGAGACGCAAUAAUCCAUCGAGUGCGUAUAUGUUCUCCUGUGAUAACCAUCUCAGUACUUCCUGUCAAAAGCUGAUUAUUACACAAGAGCAGAAAACCUGGCACAAAACCUCACACAUUAGCUUUAGGUAUUCUAAUUUUGGGGGUUUUAAGAGAGAGAAAAAAAAAAUCAAAUCGACUUUGAAACUCUGGUGGAAUUAUCUGAAAUGACUUGAUUGGGCUAAGCAAGAAGAGGAACUCGUACUACUGAAACGACUUCUGAAGUCCUGCAGUAGGGUAAGGAAACAAUCUGCUUCCGUCCACCUUGAGAUGUCUUGCAACAUUUACGAAGACCCAGAUCAGACCAUGAAAGUGAGGUACAGCAAAGAAGUGAGAGGAAAAGGAUGGAGGAAAGUGGAGAAAGAGGAGAAGGUGGAAAAAGAGGCGAAAGUGGAAAAAGUGGUCGACAUCUACGAGAGUGCCGAGACUGUAGCCUGCCAUCGAGCUAAUCCCUCCAGGAAGGCCCGAGGAGUUCGGUCUCAAAAACGUCCACCAACCCCCCGGAGAAACUGGUACAAGGUUGCUACAGUGACUUUGGGUUUACUCUGCCUCCUGUUGUUGGCGGGGAUAAGUGUGCUACUCUCUCUAUUAAGUUUGAAACAUAAAGAACAUUCCUUGGGUCAGAAGCAGGCACAAGAAAAUCAGAACCAAAGUAUAAAAGACUGGCAGGAGCUUCGUGAGUCACAUUUCUACUACGCAUCCACUGAGAAAAAAAACUGGACAGAAAGCAAGAAAGACUGCAAGAGCAGAGGAGGAGAUCUGGUGAUUUUAAAUAACACAGAGAAACAGGAGAUGAUUAGAAGAAUGAAGAUUCAUGGAGAUUCCUGGAUCGGUCUUGAAACUGCAAACGAAUGGCCUGCGAAAUGGAAAUGGGUAGAUGGAUUUGACCUAGUAUAUAGUUCCUGGAAGCAAGGAGUAAACGUCAAAGCGGAGUCAGGGCUCAAAGCAUUUACUGAUCAACAGGGACUUUGGAUGCACAACAAAACGGGAUUAAAAUACUGGAUCUGUGAGAAGAGAAAUGUCCAGUAUCUUUUUGAUCUUAAACCUGGAAAGAACAUCACUAAAAAUUAAGUACUAUAUACAAAUAAUAGUUAUAAUUCUAAUUAAGAAAAGCUAUCCAAAACAAGAUAAAAACAGACCUGAUGAAGAAUAUAAAACACUUAAAUACAAAUCCCAGUCUGCACUGGAACAGCUAGCUUCAAGCGUUGGAAGCUCAUUUCUCUGCUGCACUGACGCUACACGCAUCAACCCAUUAUAUGUCACUAUAGCAUUGUCACAUGGUGAAAUCUGGAGUCAGAGCAAAGCAGAUACUAUUUAUACAGUAUUUUGUAUUUUGCACUGCUCAAAUAUGCAAAGAUUAUUUAACUUCAGCUUUAAGUAAAAGUUUUAUUUGUGGUGGCUUAAUCUGCAUUUUGAAAAGAUGUUAGUUAUUAUUAGUGCUUUAAAAAAAUAAACAGAAUAUGAGCAUUAUUUUGUGUUUUAUUUAAAUAUUAAUAAUGAAAAAUAAAUAAAUCAGAUAUUAUUCUCAAACAAGAAAUACUCAUCUUUAUGCUUCUUACUCCAAGAACUGCUUUUUAUUUAUACUUAAGUUAUAUUUUGAUGUAAUGCCAAUUUUACUUAGAUACAGUUUUUGUCUACACUACAUAAGCCUUAUAUUACUUGUGUAAUGUUUCAAUUUUAGUUAAAUAUUUUUUUUGUUUUGUUUUGAGCAGCAGUAAUCAGUAGUGCUGUUCCAGAAACAGAACUGCUGCUAUCUUAUAUUAAUCAUAUUUGUUUCUUUCGUGUUGGAACAAACAUAAUUAAGAUAAAGGAAUAAAAACAUGGUGAUACAUUCAACCUUUUUCAGCCAUUUGCUAAUAAAUUACUGGUGUUCACAUUAUAUUCAUUGUGACUCUAAAUCAAAUCAAUUGAACUUUGAGCAAUUGUAAAUAAUGACAGGUCAAGAAAACAAAUGGAAAUUCCACGGAAAAACAAUUACUUUUAUUUAAUUUACCAGAAAAACCACUUACCAC